AUGGAUGCUCGUCCGCCCAACGAACUGUGCUCAUUGGGCCAUGUAUUGAACAGCUCAGCGGCCAUACAAGCGGACGGUUCGAUUGAGAUUGCCUUCUCUUCAUCGGACCCCCAGGCAGUCACGCAGCUUAUACCUGCCUUGCCACCAUCGAAACAUGAUUUCCAAGUCGCUCCGAGCGACGAAAAAUGCCUGGCAUUGAAUAUUGUCAUUCAAGUAGUCGGAAGUCGAGGCGAUGUACAACCCUUUAUCGCCUAUGGAAUCGCUCUGCAGCGCCAAGGACAUCGGGUGCGUCUUGCAACUCAUAACAUAUUCGAAAAUUUUGUCAAAGAUGCAGGACUUGAGUUCUACGCAAUUGGUGGAGACCCCUUGGAUCUCAUGGCUUAUAUGGUCAAGAAUCCAGGCUUGAUCCCGUCCCUCGAAUCCCUCAAGGGCGGCGAUAUUGGCCGCAAGCGGGCUAUGGUCAAGGAGAUACUUCGCGGAUGUUGGCUUUCAUGCAUUGCCGCCGACCCCGUCUCCGGUGUGCCAUUUGUCGCCGAUGCGAUUGUGGCUAAUCCUCCCAGCUUCGCUCACGUCCACUGCGCCCAAGCUCUAGGUAUACCACUACACAUCAUGUUCACCAUGCCCUGGACCGCAACCCGAGCGUUUCCUCAUCCGCUGGCAAAUAUCAGGCAGGCCGACCUUGAACCAGCGGCCGCUAACUGGCUUAGCUACGGAAUGGUCGGGCUUAUGACUUGGCAGGGGUUGGGCGACGUAAUCAAUGCUUGGAGGAAGCAGGAUCUCCAGCUGGAACAGAUUGCAACGUCCAUGGGGCCGUCGCUUGUGGAGUACCUGCGCAUCCCACACACGUACUGUUGGUCGCCGGCUUUGGUCGCUAAGCCUGCCGAUUGGGGAUCCGAGAUAGAUGUCUGCGGGUUUUUUAUGCGUGAUGAGCCGCAGUAUAUCGCGCCGCCUGAUCUAAAGGUUUUCCUUGCUACAGGCUCUCCUCCUUUAUAUGUUGGCUUCGGAAGUAUCGUUUUGGACGACCCCAAGCGACUCACAAAUAUCAUUUUGGAAGCCACCCGCAUAUGUGGUGUCCGAGUUCUAAUAUCUCGAGGAUGGAGUGAGUUAGGGAAAGACUCGUGCAACUCAAGCGAUGUCUUCUAUCUUGACGACUGUCCUCACGAAUGGCUGUUCAAAAGAGUCUCGGCCGUCAUACAUCACGGAGGUGCUGGUACUACUGCUUGCGGUUUAGUCAAUGCACGUCCGACCAUCAUCGUCCCUUUCUUUGGCGACCAACCUUUCUGGGCGGACGUGGUGGCCAAGGCUGGAGCUGGAACGAAACCAAUCCCACAAAAGCAACUGACUGUCGAACGCCUGGUGGAAGCCAUCAAGUUCGCCAUAUCUCCCGCUGCCAAUGUUGCUGCGCAGAAGUUGGCGGCAAAGAUGCGACGGGAGAGUGGCGUCGACACCGCCGUAGCCUCAUUUCACCGCGCCCUUCCCACCCCCGAGAUGAGAUGCGAGAUUGUGCCUGGCCAAGUUGCUCGCUGGGUUUUGGACACUAAGGGCAGAAGGCGAGUUAGAAUAUCUGACGCAGCAGUAGCCGUGUUGAUUGUGCAGAAGAAGAUCCAGAUAAACCAGCUCAAAUCUCUACGGAGCAAGGAGUAUGAUACAGACGUUCAAAGAUGGGAUCCGGUGUCAGGAGGCGCAGCCUCGAUAUUGGGAACCAUGACGGACUUUAGUAAGGCCCUCGGCGGCGUCUUUAUCGACCCUUUCAAGUCAUACAAACGUGUGGGGGAAAAAGGAGAUGGCGAAUCGGCCGCCGGUGUUGCACUAACAGAAGUGGGCGACCGGUUGGGUUCCAUGGCCGGGGUGGUCACGAAAGGAGCACUGGUUGAUAUGCCCUUGGCGCUGGCCGAGGGACUCAAGAACGUGCCUAGAUUAUAUGGUGAAGAGAUCCAAGACCAUGGAACGGUCAAUGACUGGCAGAGCGGCAGUAAGGUUGCUGCCAAGAAUUUCGGAUCUGGAUUUUAUCAUGGCAUCACCGGCUUCAUCACUCAACCCUAUAAGGGAGCGAAGGAAGAAGGGACCGUGGGCUUUUUGAAAGGAGCCGGCAAAGGUACCAUGGGUCUAUUCACCAAACCGGGAGCAGCCAUGUUUGGCUUGAUGGCGUACCCUGCUCAAGGAAUUUUCAAAUCUAUCGAGGCAACCAAGACUGUUGAUCGUUCAAUACUGCAGGCCAAAUGCGCCAUGGUUGACAAACUUGCGGCAGACGGUAAGACAGACGUUCAAGUCGACCAAGUUGUCCACGCUUUCGAUAUGCUAAGAUGA